AUGCCAGCUGGUCAUGUCUGGGUUGUCAGGGAUGCACAGGAGAAGCUGAGCUAUACUGCUAUAUAUCCCUGCCAAAAUAUACAGGAAAAGCCUGAAAAGCUUAUGUGUGAGCACGUUCUCCCUGAUGGAGGGGCUGUCAAGGCAGGAGGCCAGAUAUUCCCAGCUCCUGAAGUGCCCACAGAAAUCCCAGGGCCAGGGGUUGGGAGGAACCGCCCAGCGUUGUGAGCAAACCCAACAUCUGAGUCCAACAUUCCCAGGAACCUGCUCAAAUUGGGCAGACUGACUCUCUCCCAAGGUUUCAAGGAGAGGCUGCUGAAGAAGCUCCAGGCAGGAGUUCCCAACACAACUCAUGUCCAGGGGAUGUGCUCCCUGUGGGUUGGUGCUUCCAUGCUUGGCAGCUUAAGAGCAUUUAGGAAUAUGUGGAUUACCAGGGGAGAGUAUAAUGAGGUUGCACCAAUAGUACUCCUGAGAAAACGCUUUUGA